AUCUUCCAUUCUCCAUUCUCCAUUCUCCAUUCUCCAUUCUCCAUCCUCCAUUCCCCCAUUCUCCACAUUCACUCGUUUCCCUUAUCACCUACAAACCUAAACACCAAAAUCAACCCUUUUUCUUUCCAAUCGAUAACCUGCUGCUGUAUCCUAUUGAUCACUUGGGAUUUGGAAAAGCCUUUGAAACCCUACAAAAUCAACCGCAGCUCACUUCAAUUCAUCAAUAAAAACCUCAAUUGUGGAGAAUUCCUACUGCACCUUAAUCCUGCCUACCUUAAUCACUCCCUACCUACCACCAACCAUACUUUCGCAAACAACCUUUCAGUACUCUGGACGUAUUCGAGUUUAUGAUUGAUAUCAUAGUCAUUGUACAAGUUUUGAAACAACGGAAUAGGAAGUCAGCGAAUCUAGAAACGAUAGAAAAUUCAAACGAAGAGGAGGUUAUUUUUCUCAAUAACAGGUCGUUCUGACCUUAAACCACAUACUCCGCCACCAAUCAACCCAACUCUUCUACCGGAAGGUAUCACCGCAAAAAUGGCGAUAGUCCUCAAUUCGGAAGAAAACUCCUACUUUUCGUCAAGUCCUCUUCGUCGAUCACACUCACAGCCCAAAUUCGUCACACAGCCGUCGUCAUAUUCACAAUCUCUAUCUCGAUCGAACAGCGUAAAAUUCAACCCGAUAAUAUCACCCAGUAAUUCCUCGGUGUCUUCGGCACCAUCGUCUCCCCAAACUCUACAUGCCGAUUCUGUCGCUCCUUCAUACUCGUCAACGCCAGCGAGCAGCUUGUCACUCGAUCAUAGCGACGAUGCAGACGACGAAGAUCGAAUUUACUUUCCCACAUACGACGAUACAGGAUAUUGCGAUCAAAUUGAAGAUUUAGAGCCGCCAACCAGUCCACAUACCGACGAUUCCUAUGCUGUCUCACCCACCUCAAACAGUACCUCUAUAAUCUCCCGACCUGGAUCCCCAGAACUACCAUACGCACAUGCCGAGGAUGACACAGCACUACAAGCGAAACCUUCGCGGCACGUUGAUUAUUUAUCACACAAUUGGAAAGAAGAGGAUAUAUGGGCAUCAUGGAAACUCAUUGUAUCAAAGGGGGGUGAAUACUCUAAUCAUGAACGACUAGAAAAUGCUUCGUGGAGAACUUGGAUGAAGGCAAAAUAUAGACUCAAGACCGUUUCGCCCGAAACACUUAAUUGGUUGAAGGAUUGUGAUGUGACCUGGCUAUAUGGUCCACUUCAAGCUGGACCAACCACAUUCAACGCCCCAGAUAUUUCUCCUGUCAGCAGCAGCAGACUAUCGAAAUCAAAUUCCUUUUUGCAAAAGAAGCCAAUUCUCAAGAAAAGAAGCAUGUCCGAAAUAAUGCUUCAAAGGUCAUUGUCAUCAUCUUCAUUACUCAAACAAGCUGCUGCUGCGGUCCAAGCACAGCAAUCUGGGGAUGGACGCCCUGGUAUAAUUAGGGCUGCAUCUGACUAUGUUCCCUAUGAAUUUGCAAGUAGACAAUCUGAGCAAGCUGAUUUGAGCAUGCUUUCAUCGGUCACCUCGUCAGGACUGAUUACCCCUGGUACUGAAAAGAAACACAUUAGUUUUAAUGAACAAGUGUCGCAAUGCAUAGCUUUGGAAGUCAAGGGCGAUGAUGAUGACGAGUUGGAUUACAGUACUCAAGACUUUGACGAUAGUGACUCCGAUGAUGGAGCUAUCAUGAUGAAGAGAAGCACUUCUAAGCGACAACUCCCACCGAUGAGGAAGAGGAUAAUUUCCAGAGUCAACUCUAUGACUGAUAGCAAAACCAUUGCAAUGUUACCAUCUACAACACUCAAGUAUCGAGCAGAUACUCCCGAGCCACAGGAAACAGCCAUGAAGCACAGUGGGUCUUUUCACGGAGGAAAGUUGUCACCGUCACCCUCUCAAGACACAUUGAAACCUUCAAAACCAUCGACAAGAAUGCUUCUAGGCGAUGAUGAAGACGAUGACGAUAUCGAUUGGCAACCACCAAAUGCCUUUGCCCACAGAAAAGAUAGCGUAUCCAUUGCGCAAGAUCGAUUCCACAGUCUCAGCACCUCGGACUGCGUUGGCAAUGAGGAGCCAUCUGGUAUGAGGAGAACGCCAUCCGGCAUGUUUAUGCCCUAUGAAGAGGACGAAGAUGAUGUUGUAUCUGAAGGACUUUUUGGAAAAGUUGUCGAUACUGUAAAUACAGCAAAGGACAUCGCCCAUGUCAUCUGGAAUGUCGGAUGGAGGCGCUAAUUUUCAUAUUCGGACAACGGCUCUCGAAAGCCUCAUUAUCAUUCCAAGGGUCAACUCAUGCAUACGAUACAAUUAUUGAUGGAAAUAUAAUGUCGGCGUACCUAUAUACGGCGACUUUUGUACAUAAUACUAAAGCACAUAUUAGAUGCUGCAUUUACACACCGGGUUCAGGAACCACAAUUGGGAUUGGGCGGCGUUUUGGCUUGGGAACGGGUUUUGCUCUUAAUGGGGUCAGGGCUUGAGGAUGAUAGCCAAAAUUGUACUUUGGCAAUGGGUUACAUAUAAAGGGUUCGGGCAAAUUCGUCGCGAUUGGGGGUUGGGCUUUCACUGGGUAUAGGAGAGACAGGUUUGUCUUUUGGUGAGGAGGAAAAAAAUUGGGUUUACACUGUACGAUGGGGAUCAUAAGUUGUGCGCAAGCACACUAUCCAAAUGCACACCUCACUGCAUUUUCGCAAUAAUGCGAAUUGGCGCACGCCAUACCUAGGGAGGAAAGGGGGAGGAGAAAGAAAUUGGCGAACUAUUGAGCAUAUACACCAAUACAGUAGUCAACAAAAAUGAACAAUAUACAAAGCAAAUAAUCUCUGGAGCUAUGUGAUGCAAAGUAAUGUGGUUAUGUUGUGAUCUGAUGGUAUGUAAGGGAUUAAACGGGCUUUGAUGAAGUGUCGUCAUACUUUUACACUAGAUGAGAAAACUUUGCGGCCUCUUUCAUUCAUCCUUUUACAAUCAUUCCUAGAAUUUCCCCCUAAGAUUUCUAUGGUCCAUCUCAUCCUAUGAAAUAUGAGUGUUGAUACCCUAGUAUGUCGUGCUAAAAUAUUCCUUUGUCGCCCCUAUACUUCUAGAAUGCCGCAUCCCGCAUCUCGCGCCUUUCUUCUGUGGGAAUCUUUCGGCAUGUCGAUCUUGAUUGAAGAUUUGGUGGGUGGGUGGUUUGAUUGAUUGAUGGAUUUGAUGAUUUGGUUGAUUGAUAGUGCAGUGCAGUAAGGGUGCGCUGCUCGCUUUACUAGGUACUAGGUUUGUUUAUGUGGCCAUUUUUAUGAGGGAGAGUGGGUUUUAGGGGGUCUUUUGGGUGGGGGGUUUUUUUUCGUUACUUUUUUUUUUGAGUUUUGAGUUUGGGUUUGAGGAGGGGUUGAGGGAGAGGGAGAGGGAGGAUGGAUGAUGGGGAAUGGGGAAAGGGUAUGGGAUAGGUAGGAUAGAGAAUUGGGAGUUGGGAGUUGCGAGUUGGGAAUUGAGGGAAAGAUUUUACGCAGGCAAGCAAGAUUAUGUGUAUACAUAUAGGAUUAUAGUAGACUAUAUAGAGUAUAAGAUCAAGAGAUAAAUAGAGAUAAAGGAGAUGCUUCUGAGAGUGAGAGACAAUUGCAGACAUGCACUUGUUGCUCUUUAUUAUUAUUUUUGCUUUUGUUUUAUUUCUUGUCUUGUCUUUGAUGUUCUUCUUGUUUUUACUCUCUCUCUCUCUCUCUCUCUCUCUCUGUCUCGUAGUCGGUCUCGCCGUUGCGUCCAAUCGUACAUGAUCACGUAUCCCCAAAUCCGGGGUAGAGUGUUAAGGAGAGCUUCAGAGCGCUAGAACGUCAGUCAGUCAUUCAGUCAGUCAGUCAGUCAGUCAGUCAGUUUAGUAAGUAAGUAGCUAGGUAGUUAGAUCGCUAGCGCAACCUCGGGAUGGCGAAGAGAAGACGCGCGCAUACGGAGAUACCUAGUCUCGCAGGUACGUUGUAGCUUGUGUGACUUAGUUGACGCGCUAACUAGGUACAUCACUCAGCCUCCUUUUCGAUCCGUCGCACAUUUGUAUAAUCGAUUCCAAAUCGCAGUCGUCCCGUCCAUUGGAUUUUUUUUUUCAGAACUUGUCGUUUUCCUCUUCCUCCAUUCCUCCAAUCCCAUUUUAA